AUGUCUGAAAAAGAAGAAUUGUUAAAAGUUUAACCCCUUCUCUUAGAUGAAUCAAAAGAAAAAUUUUCAACAAACAGUACAGCUUCUAUAAUUCUUCCUUAAGAUAUUCAAAGUUCAUUCAAAGAAACCAUCUCUUAGAAUGAAUAGAUCAAUUUAGAAAAUAAAUUUAUUGAUUAGAAACGUUUAUGGAUGCUUCCAUUCAUAAGUACUGUCCUAUUUGGGGCAUUUUAUAACUAAGUUUUUUAAUCUGGUAUAAAAGAAUAACUAGUUUAAUCUAUGGGUAUGAGCUCUUUUCAAUAUCAAAUGUUCGUCCUCAUUCCAACUCUCCCCAGUAUACCUCUUUCUUUGAUAAUAGGACCUGCUUUAGAUACUUUAGGAGCUAGAAACGGAUUAAUUCUUUCUUCUUGCUUACUUGUUAUCAGUAUGGUUAUGUGUACUACUGCGGGCUCUCUUUAAUCUUUUGGUUUACUUAUAAGUGGAAAGAUACUGCUUGCUAUUUCCUCUGACUCCUAAACUAUAGCUUAAGGAUGCAUUCUCGGUAAAUGGUACAGGUAAAAGGGUCUUGCAAGAACAUUCACUAUAAACAGUUUAUUUUGUAAAGUUGCUUCCUCUAUUUCAGGUAUACUAUAUCCUAUGCUGUAUGAUAAAUCUAAUGGUUUAUUUUUACCAUUCUUAAUUGGUAUGGUUACCUGUCUAUUUAGUUUGGUUUCUUCAAUUUUUAUUUUUGCUUUGGAAAAAAAAGCAGACUUUUAUGAAAAAAAUUUAUAAAACAAAAAUUAAAUUCAAAAAUACAAAUUUAAACUUAGUGACUUCAAAAAAUUCUAUGGUGUUUACUGGUGCUUUGCAAUACUUAGUCCUUUGACUUUUGGAGCCUUUAUUGCAAUAUAAAAUUAUUUGCAAAGUGUACUUAUUCAUAAAUUCUAAAUCGAUAAAACAUUAGCAGGAGAAAUGCUCUCAAUACCAUACUAUAUAGCAUAUUUAGUUCCUUUAUUAGGAAUAAUGGCAGAUAAAUUUGGGUAAAGAUUAAUCAUGAUGAUUGUUACCAGCUCUUUUGCUGUUUUAUCAUUUUUAUUGCUUUUAAUAGCUCCUUAAGGUUAUAACAGUGCAUACGUUUGGAUUGCACUUGUUAUUUUUGGGUUAUUUUUAAGUUUAAUGAGUGCAUAUUUAUAUCCCACUUUGCCCUUUAUAACUCAAAAAAACCUCUUAAGUACUGGAUUUGGAGUUGCUUUUACAACUAGAGGUGCUUAUAGAAGUUUUUAUUGGAGUGUUUUGAAAUACUCUUUAUAUGAUUGA